CCCGCGGCUUCCGUCCCUUUAAAAGGCGCGGCCUCCCGGGGGCUGAGCCCGCCCCCGCCGCCGCCAUGGCCCAGCGGCUGCUGCAGGAGAAGCUGACCUGCUCCGUCUGCCUGGAGCUCUACCGGGACCCGGUGACGCUGUCCUGCGGCCACAACUUCUGCGAGGCCUGCAUCCGGGACUGGUGGCGCUCCCACGGGGGCAGCCCCGCCUGCCCCGAGUGCCGGGAGCCCUGCCCCGCGGGCGCCGAGCUGCGCCGCAACGUGGCCCUGAGCGGCGUGGUGGAGGCGGUGCGCGCCGAGCCCCCGGGCCCCGGCCCCGGCCCCGGCCCCGGCCCCGGCCCCGAGCGCUGCCCGCAGCACGGGCGGCCGCUGGAGCUCUUCUGCCGCACCGAGGGCCGCUGCGUGUGCAGCGCCUGCACCGUCGGCGACUGCCGCCUCCACGAGAGGGCGCUGCUGGACGCUGAGCGCCGGGAGCGCGAGGCCCAGCUGAGAGCCGUGCUGGAGGUCACCCGGCAGCAGGCCGCCCAGGCCCAGAGCCAGCUCCAGGAGCUGCAGCGGCGGAGCGGCCAGAUCCAGAGCUCGGCCCACACCCUGGCUUCCGUGGUCUCUGGCAAGUUCGGCAGCCUGCUGCGGGCACUGGAGCUGCGGCAGACCCGGGCGCUGCGGGGCAUCGAGGCGGCCAGGGCGCGGGCCCUGGCGCAGGCCCAGGCGGAGGAGCGGCGGCUGCGGGGCCACCUGGAGGCCGCGGCCGCCUUUGGCCGCAGGGCGCGGGACCUCCUGGAGCAGCCGGACGACCGAACCUUCCUGCAGGCCUCACAGCUCCUGGCGCCCCCAGGGCCUCUCGGGCCGCUGACCCCUCCGCAGUGGGAUGCCGACCAGCAGCUGGACGGCCUGAAGGGACUUCUGAGCCAGCUCUGUGGCCUCCUGCUGGACAGUGGGGACCCCCGCGGGGCCCCAGCCGAGGCGGCUGACUCGGGUCCCCCGGAGACCCCAGGCGCCCUGGCAUUGGUCCCAAGCUCGGUGUGUCCGCUGAGGAGGAAACUCUGGCAGAGUUACCGCAACCUGACCUUCGACCCGGAGAGCGCCAACCGCCACCUUUACCUGUCUCGGCACGGCCGGCAGGUGGAGCACCGGCGAGAGCCCCGGGGCCCGGCCGGGCCCGGCAGCUUCGAGCUCUGGCAGGUGCAGUGCGCCCAGAGCUUCGGGUCCGGGCGGCACUACUGGGAGGUGCUCACGUCCAGCCACCUGGUGACGCUGGGCGUGGCCUACCCGGGCCUGGCGCGGCGCCGGCGGGGGCCCCUCACCGACAACAUCGGCCGCGGGCCCGGCUCCUGGGGGCUGUGUGUGGAGGAGGACGGCGCCCAGGCCCGGCACGGCGGGGAGGCCCGGCGCCUCCGGGCGGUGCCAGGGCCGCUGCUGGGCGUGGACUUGGACCUGGCCGCUGGUUGCCUCACCUUCUACAGCCUGGAGCCCGAGACCCAGCCCCUGCACACCUUCCACGCCGUCUUCACCCAGCCCCUCCGCCCCGUCUUCUGGCUCAUGGAGGGGCGGACGCUGACCCUGUGCCACCGGCCUGAGGCCGGGCUCCCGGCCGGGCUCCCGGGAGAGGCCUCGGGGCUCAGCUGAGGAGUGCCCAGGAGCCGCCCUCGCCCCUGGCCUGGGGGCCUGAGGCCACAGCUAUCGUGGGGCCGGCUGCUGGGCAGCAGACGGGCUCAGGGUGAGGCUGGGCCCCCUGUGCGGGUGGAGGGACCCCCACACUGGAGUUAGCUUCCCGGCCUCUCUGAAAGGGGACAGGGACUAGGAAUGGAGUGACCCGGGAGGCCCCUGCCCCAGGCAGAGCCCGGUUCCAGGGGCCGCAUGGGCGCCAGGGCGGCCCGGGCAGCGGGGGACACGCCACAGACCAUGGCUCCAGCGCACCUCCCCCGAGACUGUGGCCGGGGAGCUUCGGGGUGCGGGGAGGAACCGCAGACUAUUCCUAAAGACCAUCUAGAGAAAGGUGGUUUUUACCUCCUCCUCCCCUACCUCUAUCUCUUUUCUUUUUUUCCUUAACAUUUUUUUAAAGUUUUUUUUUUCUUAAUAUGUUUUUAUUGACUCAGGAAGGG